ACUCUCCCUUCAAACGGGAAACAAGAUGGCGGCGGCAGGUCCGAGUACUCGGGCCUCUUCCGCGGCGGCAGCGGCAGCUCUCAGUCGGCGGGGCCGACGGGGCCGCUGUGACGAGAUGGCGGCAGCCAAGACUGGGGCCCCGGGCGCAGCCUCUGGCCCCGCGCUGCUGGUAUUGCCGCCACCGCUGCUGCAGCCGCCGCCACCGCCGCGGCCGGAGGAGUCGGGCUGCGCCGGGUGCUUGGAGACCCCGGGGGAAGCGGCGGCCCUGCCGUGCGGCCACUCGCUGUGCCGAGGCUGCGCCCAGCGCGCCGCCGACGCAGCGGGCCCGGGUUGCCCGCGCUGCCGAGCCCGCGGUCCCGGUUGGGCCCGCCGUCGGGCCCGCGACGACGGCCAGGCCGACGCGGAGGUGCAGGGCGAGCGCGCCCGCCGCGGCCAGCCCGAGCGCUGCCGCCCGCGCCGGGACGGGGGGUCAGAGGGAGAAGCAGGCCCCCGGCUGAGCAGGGAGCCCGAUGCGAGUCCCUUUCCUCCAGAGUUUAUAUUCAGAGCACCAAUCAAGUUAAGCAAGCCUGGAGAACUUCGUGAGGAAUAUGAAAGCCUGAGAAAGCUGAGAGAGGAGAAGUUACAAGAGGAGAAAACCUCUGAAGAUCAAAUCCACAAGCUGUUAUCGGAGGAUACGGAAACAGGGAAAAGGAAAAUGGAUGACCAGAAAAAGAGAGAUGAGCCAUUAGUACUGAAGACAGAUCUGGAACAUUGUCCUGCGCGCCUCUCAGAUUCAGAGAACGAAGAACCUUCCCGAGGAAAGAUGACACAGACCCAUCGCUCGGCAUUUGUUUCCAAGAACAACUCCUACUCCUUAGCUUUCCUGGCAGGGAACCUAAAUUCCAAGGUGGAGAGGAGUCAGAGCUGCAGUGACACUGCUCAAGACAGAGUGAAGAGCAGACUCAGAGCAGCCCCGACCAGCAAAACCAAGGUUACGGCUAUGACCCCAGCCUCCAACCCCAUCAUCGGCGUCCUCCUGUCCACCCAGAACAAUCGUUGCCUCUCAGCCCCUGACUUAACAGUGGAAAAACGUCUCCCCUUCAGCUCCCUCUCAUCCUUGGCUUCUCUGCAUAAGCCAGAACGCUCCAUCAGUCCGGAGAGCAAUGAUAGCAUCUCCGAGGAACUAAACCAUUUCAAGCCCAUUGUCUGCUCACCGUGUACUCCUCCCAAGAGACUCCCCGAUGGCCGAGUGCUCAGUCCCCUCAUCAUCAAAUCAACACCCCGCAACCUCAACAGAAGCCUGCAGAAGCAGACUUCUUACGAGGCUAGUCCAAGGAUCCUCAAAAAGUGGGAACAGAUCUUUCAGGAGCGGCAGAUCAAAAAGACCCUUUCGAAAGCCACCCUCACCUCCCUGGCUCCAGAAACAGGGGAAGACUUAGUAGUGUCUGAGGUGACCCAUUCUAGCAAGGAAAAGCCACCUCUGGCUUUACAGGCGAGACUGGCCGGGGGCCAGGCCCUCUCUGAGUGGGCCGGACCCACCCCCACCGACCUCGAUUAUGUCCCCUCCAUUAGCCAAACUAAAGCCGAACAGGGCAGCGAGAGUAAAAGGAGCUCUGAGAUCCCAUCGGAAACGUGCUGCUCUUCAGAACCCCGAGUGGGAGCCAGUGGGACUUCUUUGGAGAGAGAGCAGGAGGAAGGGCCGGGGCCCACCCCAGAGGCCAAGUUAGACAAAACCUGUAUGAGCACAACCGUGAACAUCCCAGUGGCUAAUUCAGUGCUGCCCAAAAAUAGUGUUCUGGGGGGGGUCCUCAAAACAAAGAAGCAGCUGAAGACGGCGAAUCAUUUUGAUUUGCCCAAUGGUGUGCUGGUGGACAGCCUAGGUGAGGAGCCGCUUCCUUCCUUGCGCCGGGGCCGGAAAAGGCACUGUAAGACCAAGCACUUGGAACAAAACGGCUCCCUUAAGAAGCUGCGGCAAAGCGGUGGGGAGGCGGGCCCGGCCUCCCGGGCCCCGGGCCUGCGGGAGAUGGAGCAGAAGCUGCAGCAGGAGGAGGAGGACCGGCGGCUGGCUCUGCAGCUGCAGCGCAUGUUCGACAACGAGAGGCGGACCGGGAGUCGGCGGAAAGGAAGCGUGGAUCAGUAUCUCCUACGGUCCAGCAAUGUGGCCGGGGCCAAGUAGCGCCCCAGGAACAUGUGGCCUGUUUUUAAGAGGUCUGUGGGCCUGAUCAUUUAUCUUGAAGAGCUGAGUGUUCUCACUUUGGGUUUCUUUUCAUGGCAAAACACUGUCUGCUAUGGUUCUGAGAGGUUCCAGGGCCUUUGUGGUCUCUGUCCAAGGGCCCUGUGUCUCUGCCUCCCGGUGACCACGGCCAGAAGCACUCCUCACCCCUAAGUGACCCACCCCUGAGGGCGUCUGGGCCAAGUCUGGCAGCACCCACUUGGAAUGAGAUUCAGGAGCACAGGGGCCAGAGUUAGAGAUGGUAGAGGAGAUGGAGGAUACCUUCUGAAACUGACAGACCUCCUGACUUCUUUCACCAGGGUCUUAUUUUAAAUCAGCCUUGCAGAUAAAAGGGAGUUCCCUCUUUCUCAGAGAAGUGGGUCAGUGUCGCUCUUUGACAGAUCCAAGAAGAUCAUGUUCCCCCUUCUCCUUACUUGUGCCACAAGUAAAUAUACCUAAUGAAAUCAGUUGAGUUUACCCUCCUACAAAAGUUAAUUUACCUUCCCUGUGUAAAAAGUAACAUCGGACCAAUGUGCUGUCUAGUCGACAGACCACCUUCAUGGUCAGUGUUCAGUUUGGUCUUCCCAGGAGCGCUAACAUGUAAGUGGUAUCAGCGCCGUUUUCGAUGAUGUUGGAACUGCAGGGCAGACGUUCAGGUCCUGUCAUUCACUAAGUGGCGUAGCCCAGACUGACCGUUAGGGCUCCUGACAACAGAUCCCAGAGAUUUUCCACACUAACAGGUUGAACAGGUUGCCGUAAUGGACAGCAACCCAAGGGCAUGCCACGCACGGGAGCCCAGGGAAAGCUGGCUGAGCAUUUGAAUACUGAUUGUGUAAAAUCCAUAGGCAGAUAAUUGAGAUCGAUGGGAACUAUAAAUAAAUACUAUGCAGUUAUCCACCCUGCUCCCCCCCCACCACCACCACCUUUACAGUUUACAGCCUUCUGUUUUCUUUGGGGUGGAGGGGGCUUCCGCCCUGUGAGACAAAUUACAGUUGAACUUCGUUAUUACUCUCCACAUGUCCAAGGGUUAUCUGCAACGUUGAUCUAAAAUCCCAGAAAUUUGCCCAGAAGUCAGGCAAGAGCAAUGCUGAAACUCCAUACUAUGGAAACAAGGUAUCUAGCUGGAUGCAGCUGGUAAAUUCAGUCCCAUGGACCUUUGGGGUUUAAUUUCCUUAGGAGCUGACACCAUGUGUCUUUUGCAUCCCUGGUGGUGCUUGGUGCUUCUGCCCGUCUGGGCUCAUUGAGAAUAGGGAUUAAGAGAUGAUUUUAGGGAAUCUCAGAUGGGCUGGCAUUCCCUGUGCAUGUACGAGCUGUUACUAUAAAGUCAUGUGACUGGCAUUUCAACAAAGGUUUUAGAGCUUAUAUAUCCCAGUGUACGUUGUCCCCCUUGAGUGGCUCCAGCAGGAUACUGCAUAGAUUUUCCAAUGAUGUUGCCAUUGGCAAAAACAUUUCUGGAACUGUCCUCAACAUCUAGAAACAUCUAGAAGUAUAGACUCCUAAAAUGUUAGAAUUGGAAGGGACCUUAAUGGUCAUCUUUUCCAACCUCCUCCUCUUACUAAGGCAGAAACUAAGAUCCAGAACGGUGACUCACCUGAUCACUAGGGAUUUACCGUAUCACCUUCUUUUGAUUCCUCUCAGGAGAAUUUUGCCCCCUCUUCUCGGGGCAGAUCUUUACUCUUUUGUGGUUACAGGAGGGAGAAUUUUAAGUCUGAAACUAGUCAGAAGCUGUUCGAAGCCUCUAGAAGAGAAGGUCGGGCCAGAGGGGUUCAGAGUUACAAACGAGUUGUAGCUGUCAAGCAGUCGUUAGUUGGCAUACGGGCCAUUUCCUCGUGCUGCUCAGGAACAGCUCCCGGGGAGAAGUUCCAGAGAUGUCGUAAGCAUUUUGGUCCUCAUUGAGAUAUGUGGGACCUCCUCGGUGACUGCUUUGGUGGGAGGGUCCCUCACUUGAAUGUAUGUGUUCUGUGUUCUGUGUGCACACGUGCAGAUGUGUAUUUAAAACACAUGCAUCCGUGCCAUUCCUCUUUAUUCACACCACUUCGGUUCCAGGCCCUGCCAGCCACACAGGCUUCCACAGGCUGCUGGACGGUCGGUCCCCGGGAUAGCAGAGCCGGUGCUGGUCUGUGGAGGAAGGGGAGGGUGACUCACCGAACGAAGGCCCUUAGAGAACGCCCGAGGUCCUGCCAUUUCCUAGAGCUGCUCGUUGGUCUGAGCGAACAUCCCCGGGAGGCUCGUCCGCUCAGUGGUAGCAAAGAAGCUUCUUUUUUCCACUUGCCAUCUUUCGUCUAGGUCUCCAGUCAUUUAAAAAACACGUUUCAGUUGGAACUGGUUUUUGGUUUUGGAGAAAAGAUAAAUAUUUUUAAUAGAAAAAGAUAUAUAUUUUAAAUAUUUCCCCAAAGUCAUACUUUUGUUUUAAGGAGUUGCAUAGCAGUAGCAAGGAAUUUUAGGUUCGGGUGCAGAGCGCAAAGCUCCCUCCUGUGAAGUGAGUGUUGCAAAUGCUGGAUCUAGCUUGCGGACUUUCCCGCUUGCACCUCCUGUUGUGUCUAGAGGGUCCCUGACAGUUGUUCUGCAGACUUCCGGCCAAGCAGUAGUCCUUGCUGUGGAGGCAAAGCAGUUUAGGUUAAGGAGCGACAGGGCUUACCCUCUCAUCUGCUUGGCUUUGGAGGAGGAAAAAACCACUAAGGUAUUAUCUGUAUUUUAAGAUGCUUCCCGUACUUAACUAACACCUGAACACUUUCUCCUUCUGAAAAACGUCUGUGUCCUGUUGCUUGCUUGCUUGCUUGUGAAGUUUAUCACAGAUGGCAUUGUUGACAUGAAUUAUUUGGAGAAAGAGAAAGACAGGAAGGGAAAACAGAGUGAUGGGGAGGGUUGGGGAGGGAGAACGAGAGAGACGCUAGUUCACAAAACAGACAUUUCUCACAAAUCAUUGGAAUCUGAUUCACCAUACAAAUUUCCCAUGUCCUACGAGCUCUGCUCUUUGUGUAUAUGCAUUCUCUGUGUGUGUGGGUUUUGUUUUUUGUUAUUAAAGGGGAAGUUAGGAGAGGUUGGAGGAUGAAGGUCAUUCUGUGGUGCCCUGAGAAGGGGGCUCUCAUAGGGUGGGGAAGAUCUUUGGCAACAUAUUCGUGACCUAUUGAUUGUAUCUGCUGGAAGGAGUCAUCGGGGCCUGUUGGGUCGGUGUCAAAUCAGGGGAUUAAGCACCCAGACCUUGGACCCUUUCAUAUAAUUGCCUCUUUUUAAAAGGUUAAUUCAUCGUGGCUGAAGCUUCCCAGGAAAACCUUUUGUAAGUGGCUUCAUUUCUUAUUUUUUUAAUUUAAGUUUUAGAUUUUUGUCUGGAGGAAGAACUGGUGAUGAAUGCCUUCUGGUUUUCUUGGUUUGGGGUGGUUUUUUUGUUUUUGUUUUUGUUCAUUUUCCCUAAAAGAAAAAUGCCCUUAAGAGAUUAAAGCUGCUUAAUUAAUUGCUGUCAGAUUACAAAGUGACAAACUGACUAAGAUGGGAAGCUGCCACUGUGCUUGACUGGUGAAACUGAUGACCGAAGGCUGUGCUGUUCGCCCUUUCUGUUCCAUUUAACAGACAUUCCUGAGCUUCGAACUUGUGCCAACCCUGUACUGGGUCGUGGAGAUACAGGAUGGAAAGGACAGUCCCUGCUCUUGAGGAGCUCAGUCUCUAAUGGAAUGUAUUUGAAUGUCUGUGUGGCUGGAGUUCUGCUUCUUCAUAGUGACCAUCUUGGAUGGCCGCAUUUAAGAUACUUUCCAGCAUCUGGCAGGCUGCGUUGAACAUUUUAGACCCCUCCCAUCAGUAUUUCUGAAUUUGAUUGCAGCACUGCUUUCCAUUUCCUAAGUAAUUUUACCAGAGGAGAAUGAAUUUUCUCCUCCAGUGACACAGGACAAUAAUCUCUUCAGGAGAGCUUUUACAUCAGCGCCAGGAAGUGAGGCAGGGUGUGGAUCAUUGACAUGGUCAGAGGAGGCCCACAUCCCAACUCCCUGACCUCUUCACCUCUUUCGCAACCAGACCUCUCACCACAGCUGGUAGCAACUUUGGAUUCCUUUUCCUUUUUUCUGCCUGGCUUUUCACUGAGAUGGAAAACCAGCAGGAGAGGAAAGAAAGAAAAAUUGAAGGCUGGAUUAUAAUCAUAAAAUGCUAUAUAGCUCGAAAGGGCAUGGAAAUCAUUCAGAUCAAAUUUUUCCCACCUGCUGCCCAUUUUUUUCUAAGAAAUAAGGAACGUGAGGUCCAGUGUCCUGUGCCCUAUUUUAUACUGUAGUUUCCUAGGAUCUAAAUAGUCCGUUUAAAUUACACACACACACACACACACACACACACACACACACACACACACACUAUUUGCUAAUGAGGACACCCAAAUGAUACAGGAGGCUUUUUGUUUUAAUAGCUUUUUCUUUCAAAUUUUUUGUUAGAAUUAAAAUAUACUUAUAUCCCCUGAACACACACCCAAAUAGGGAAAACCCCACAAUGUGACUAAUGUGAAUAUGGAGUCUUGGGAAGUGAUAUAUUUUUUUGAUUGGAAUAGUCAUCAUUUUAACCACAAAGGGUUAAAACCCAGCCAGCUCUUCAUUUUUCUUUGAAAAAUCAAGAACUCCUUAGGGACUUAAAUCUUUCUCAGCCAGCCUUUUCCCCAUCAACCUAUAGAGUGGUCUUUUGGCCUGGUUUUUAGAAGUAAGCAUAGUUGCUUAUAAAUUCUUGUGAAUCAGUGACACAGGUAUUUUUUUCGGGGGGGGGUCGAGAUUCUAGGGAAAGCUGCUGCUGAAUAGCUUUUCCUCCAAAGACGAUACAGAAAAUGCAUCUUUCACAUAAUUGUUAUCCACUGUAACUUUCUGAAAAGGAUUGUUCUACAGAGAAAAGAGACAUAAGCAGAAGUCACGACCAGCUUAGAGAUUGGUUAAAUUGAAGAAAAAGUGCCAAGACUGAAUGUGCACAUUGUUCUAUGUAUGAUCAGUAUUUUUAUUCUUCCUAAGAAAAAUAUUUACACACUU